AUGGACCUCCUGCCAAACUUGACUGUUGUCACUUGGCUGCUCCUUAUCCUUUUCGUUAGCCUCCUGGUCCUCUAUGGGAUAUGGCCCUUCCAGACCUUCAAGAAGCUGGACAUUCCUGGGCCACGGCCUCUGCCAUUUUUCGGAACUUUCCUGGAGUACCGGCAUGGAGUCAUGGAGUUUGAUCAGAAGUGCUUUGGAAAGUAUGGCAAAAUCUGGGGGAUUUUUGAUGGCAGGCAGCCUGUACUGGUCGUUGCGGACCCCAUCCUCAUCAAAAACAUCCUGGUGAAAGAGUGCUACACCAUUUUCACCAAUCGCCGGAACUUUCGUUUGAAUGGGAUCCUGGAGUCAGCCAUCACCGUGACUGAAGAUGAGAAGUGGAAAAGGAUUCGUACUGUGCUGUCUCCAACCUUCACCAGUGGGAAGCUGAAGGAGAUGUUCCCUAUCAUUAAUCACUAUGGUGAAAAACUAGUGAAAAAUGUUGAGAAGAAAGCGGCUAAUGAUGAGUUCGUGACCGUAAAGGACAUUUUUGGAGCCUACAGCCUGGAUGUGGUGGCCAGCACUUCUUUCAGUGUGAAUAUUGACUCCAUGAGCAACCCCAGUGACCCCUUUGUCACCAACAUAAAGAAGUGUCUCAAGUUCAGUCUUCUGAGCCCCCUGUUCAUACUCUUAGUGGUGUUCCCCUUUGUUACCCCUGUGCUGCAAAAGAUGAAUGUGACUCUGUUACCCUCAAAGGUCGUAGACUUCUUCAAGGACAUGUUAGUCAAAAUAAAAAAGGAACGGGAAAAGGGCGGCAGCACGGAUCGGGUUGAUUUCCUGCAACUCAUGGUUGACUCACAGAGCUCACAUGACAGCUCCAAGUCCACUGAGACCGACUCCUACAAAUCAUUAAGUGAUGAGGAGAUUCUGGCCCAGGCUCUUGUCUUUGUCUUUGCUGGCUAUGAGACCACCAGCUCCACCCUCAGCUAUUUGUCAUACAACCUGGCCACCCACCCUGACGUGCAGCAGCGGCUUCAGGAUGAGAUCGAUGCAUACCUGCCCAACAAGGCUGCUCUCACAUACAAUGCCAUCACACAGAUGGAAUACCUCGAUAUGGUGGUGAACGAAUCCCUCCGGCUCUUCCCCCCUGCAGGCCGGCUUGAUAGGGUCUGCAAGAAGACUGUGGAGCUUGAUGGUGUGACUAUUCCAAAGGGCAUGGUGGUCAUGAUCCCAGCCUAUACACUGCAUCGUGACCCGGCAUACUGGCCAGAGCCGGAAGAGUUCAGGCCUGAGAGGUUCAGUAAAGAGAACAGAGAGUCUUUUGAACCCUACACCUUCCUGCCAUUUGGGGCUGGCCCCAGGAACUGCAUAGGAAUGAGGUUUGCUCUCCUCGUCGUGAAAGUGGCCAUUGUCACCCUGUUGCAAAACUUCUCAUUCAGAACCUGCAAAGACACGCCGAUCCCACUGGUUCUGGACGCAACAGGUUUCAUGCAGCCGAAGAAGCCCAUCAUCCUGAAGAUGGUCCCCAGAGCACAUGCUGAUGUGGAGGAGUGAAGGAAGCAGGUGCAGAUCAGACACUCUUGUUUGAUGGUGCCUCUUCUAACUCUUGAGAUGAGCCUCAGAUUGAUGUGUGUGCUGUAGAAGAGUCAGUGGUGCAACCCCCCGUUUCACCACAGGGCAUUAGGGGUUUGGCCCAGCAUAAUUACAUGAACAUUAUCCUAAUGAAUAUGAGCCCCAGAUCCUGCUGUCCCUUAUCACAAUAGGUAUUUUGCAAGACCAUUUGCACUCAAGUUAUUUGGGCAUAUUUUUUUCUCUCCCUCUGAAGAGGCACUUUUCUAAGCAAUUUGAUUCCAGACACUGUCAGUCUCUUCUGGCAGUGUAAUUUAAAUCAAGAUAGGGAGAGCAAAUUGCACAUAGUUAAGUAAUGCUACCAUUGCUCCUGUUCCUGCUGCCUGCUGGGUGACUCUGUAUGUCUUCUGGUUUUAUUCUCUUGGGAAUGCAGAGUUGUCCAGGGCUAUUUCCUCAGCAGCGUGCUAUGACCCUGACAAGUGUUUAAAUGGUCACGUCCUUGCAGGAAUGGACACCCGCAGCAAAUUUUCUGAUGCUGAUUUAUUUAGAUUUUCUUACAAUUUUAGAUGGUUUUUGCAUGAUUCAGAGCACAGGUGAGGUGCUGAGUGACAAGCAGUUACUCCAAAUGACUGUAGAUCUGCAGAGUGGGAGAGAAGUGCCCCACGUGUUUCCUGAUUGUUUGCUUAUUUUACCACAGGCGUGCAGCCAUCUCCCUUAGAAGGAUUUGUCAACACAGGCACCAUCUAUACCGCUACGUAACACCUUUUAGUCUCUGAUUUAAUUAGGCUAUUGUAAGACCAACUGAACUGAAUUAAUAAUGAUGCAGGGUGCAGCAUUGAGAGCCUUCAGAUGUCCUGAAGAACCCUUAUCUGGAAGAAAUGUGUUGCCUUUGACUAUUGAGACCUGGAAAUUCUUGCUUGACUUCAUAAUUUUUAUAGAUUCUAGAAGACCUCUAUGCCCACAUUUCAUAUUAUUCCUUUAGAAACUGCUACUGGAGGCCUACCUGCAAUAAAGAGCUCACUUAGAUCAUCUAUAACCAGCUGAUGCCAGUUUUCUGCUCUUUGACCCAUACACAAAUGAAUCUAUCUGUAGGUCUCAUAAGCCAAUGGCCAGACAAUGAUGUGGCCCCACCGCCUCUCCCAGCUGGGCCUCUUCAUUUCUUAGGUGGGAUCCUCAAACGAUCCUCAAAAUCAGUGCCACAGAGUGGAGAUGGAAGUUCUCUUUUGCAAUUCAUUCUUCCAUUGUCACUUGUAGCAUCACAAGUUACUGAGUGCAUGGUGUUGCCAGUCUCAGCCAGGCAUCUGUCUUUCUGUGAAAGCAGAGGGGUUUGAUUCCAGCAUCUGCUCCGUGCUGCAGAACCCUGUCCUGUAGGGCCGAAAGGUCUCCAUGCUGUCUCCUAAACACCUCAUGCACCUGGUGUACCCUUCCACAGGAGGAUAUCUUCUCCUUCCAAGCUGUCAAAUCUCAGCACCGGGUGAAAUACUUGCAUAUACAUCCAACCCAGUCACUACCAUAUAUAAUGCUGCUUGGAUUCCCGGGGGAUGAAGCCUUAUUUUAACCUGAAUGAAUCUCUGUGUGAAUCAUCAGUACUAAAAGCUACUUCUGAAGAUACAGAGUUUAAGAUACAACAGUCCAAAAUAAAUGGCAGAGCAGAGUCAUCAA